CAGACCACUCAAAAGCGAAAGCAGAAUCACAAGAGCUCACACUUCUUCAAGCAUCUCCCCUUAGUGACUCAGUGACAGAAAAACCCUGUGUCCCAAGUGAAGCAACCUUGUCAAUACUUCCAUGGCUUCUAGGGAGACGGUUUUGCUGAGUUAUAUACCACCUUUGCACCUGGCCUAGGGCAGAAGGGGCCUUCCAUGUUUUAACAGGAAGGUGGUGCACAACCCAGGAACAGUCAGCUGGACUCGAGAGCCUCUAAUGUCAUCCUUUUCUGAGAGCAACGACUGCUCCAGGGACCUCCCCCCUCCGCCAGUGGACACAGAGCUUAUUUGAUUCUCCAAGGCUGAGAAAGAGAUGUACUGAUUUCCUCCAACUUUUUAGUCUUCAUGGUUUAACAACAUGCUCUAGGGGUAUCCAGUCAUCCCCUAACCCAAACGCUCUGGUUGAUUCAGUAGUUUUCUCAUGCAGAAUUCAAGUUGGAUUCAACAAUGUUGGUGGUUAUGGAGGGAUUCUGAGUGGUUUAAUGCUCUGAUUAUCAUCAGAUUAAUCCUAAAUAUCCUUUCCUUAAUAUAAGAUUCAUUCAUUCAUUUUUUUUUUUAACUCUACUUUCAGCACCUAGAACAGAGCUUGGAAUGUGCUAGGCACUCUAAAUAGAUAUUUGUUGAAUGAAUCAACUUUGUUGCAAACUUCCUAGAGAGAGAGCUUUCAGGGGUAGCACCUGAGGUUUUCUGGGUAGCUAGCUGAUCACCCUGAAACACCCCACAAGGGCAGAGAGCCUGCUAUACCUACCAAAUAUCCGCACAGAAAAGACCUCCCUUAAAUAGUGGUUCCUGCAAAUUGAAGUGUCUUCCAGCACUAUUCUCAGCUAGACCUCACUGCCGCCCACCGGUGGGUUUGGGGACUUACAAACCAUCACCCGGUCUGUGAGGGCCCUUCAUGGACUUGAUGCUUAUUUGUCCAUGAGGUAAAUUAAACAAAUGUGACUGCAUGGGGGGGUGUGAUUUUUGGAAACUUUUCUAAUUACGGACGCUAGAACAGAUCUGCAAAGGUGGUUUCAUGAUGAGUGAGGGCCUGGGGUUACCAUCGCCAAACUAUUAAGCCCUUGGAAAAUGCCCAGGCUCUGGACCCUUAGUACGCAUACGGACCCUGUUUCCCACUGAAUAUCUGCAAUUUGCAGUUUGGGUUUCAGCAGCUCCUAGCUUUGCUCAUUUUUUCAAUGACCUCAGAGAACUUGGGGGGAUGGGGGUGGGGGGAUACGGACCCCUUGGAGAACCAUGCCCAGCGGCCCACGUACGCUAACCUGUAGCUCGUUUGCUCGCUCCUUGGCACCCACCAGGGCCCCCGCCCCUGGAUUCAUCCAAAUCCUUUCAAACAAGGUUCCCUCCUGCCACCUGCCGGCCCACUAGGGUCUAAGCCACGGUCUCGGCGCCAUCGCGCAGCUCGCGGGGACGCGCCCCCGCUUCCGUACUGCACAUGCCCGUCAGAAGUCCGGGCGCGCAACUUUGCACAACCUCUCCGCCCGGCCCCUCCUCGCCUCAGUCUCCUCUUUCCUCUCCCAGGCGAGAGGACCAGCGGAGGCACCUCUCCCCAGUCAGACUGCGGAGUCUGAGCCUUAGACAGGAGCCUAGGAGGAGACAGACUUUUUGGUCCUUUCCCCCAUCCCUCUCCCCCACCCCCCUUUUUUUUUUGGUGGCUCAGAGAGGUAAGCAGAGGCGCGGAGCUUUAGGAAGUUGAGUGGUCAGAAAGGUAGGUGCUCCCCUUUCUGCCCGACACCGAGGUGGGGCCGGGGACCUCCGGACCCAGCCUCUCACCUGGUUAAGGUGCACCUUUUUCGGCUCUAGCAGCCGAUGCGCAUCGGAGCCGCUCUCUGCAGAGCCGGAGGGCGGGGCAGCUUCUCGGGGUGCGCGUAAGAGAAUGGAUCGUAGGUCCCGGGCUCAGCAGUGGCGCCGAGCUCGCCACAAUUACAACGACCUGUGCCCACCCAUAGGCCGCCGGGCGGCCACCGCGCUCCUCUGGCUCUCCUGCUCCAUCGCGCUGCUCCGCGCCCUUGCCUCCUCCAACGCCCGCGCCCAGCAGCGCCGGAGCUUCCCGAACGCCCACCACCGCUCCGGCGCCCAGGUGUUCCCGGGGCCCCCCGAGGCCGACCUCGAGCACGAGGAGGCCGACCGCGAGCUCUCCCUCCCCGAGUGCCUAGGGUACGAGCAGGAGUUCGCUUACGAAUCUGAGACCGAGACUGAGUCUGAAAUCGAAUCUGAGACCGACUUCGAGAGCGAGCCCGAGACGGCCCCCACCACCGAGCCCGAGACCGAGCCGGAGGACGAGCGCGGCCCCGGGGGGCCCAGGCGCCCCACCUUCGGCCAGUCUCUCUCCCAGCGCCUGCACGCGCUCAGGCUGCGGAGCCCCGACGCGUCCCCGGGUCGCGCACAGCCCCGCACUCAGGAGCCCCAGAGCCCCCAGGAGGGGGAGGGGCCCGAGGACGAGGAUCCGGGGGACCCCGAAGAGCCCAAGGGGAAGCAGCAGCGCCGCUGCAGACCCAAGAAACCCACCCGCCGCGACCCGUCCCCGGAGUCUCCUUCCAAAAGGGGCCCCAUACCCAUCCGGCGUCACUAAUGGAGGACGCGGUCCAGAUUCUCCUUGUGUUCUUUGGCCCAGGUGCUGGAGAAUCUGGUAAAAGCACCAUUGUGAAGCAAAUGAGGAUCCUGCAUGUUAAUGGGUUUAAUGGAGAGGGCGGCGAAGAGGACCCGCAGGCUGCAAGGAGCAACAGCG